GACUAUCGAUAUGUUAGCCCGUUUCUGGCCUAUUCACCAUAGCCACGCACACUAACACAGCCGCAAGCAGCAUAACGCUUCGUGUCGCGUCACGUCGGUUCGACUGUGUUUUAAUUCGCCGCAACUCUGAAGGCCACACACUCGAAGCCCAGAAUGCUCCCUCAAUUGCAUAACAGCAGCAGCAGCUCUUGCGCAUGAGUGUAUGUGUGUGUGGGGCACGCCAGAGACCGAAACACACCACAGCUACAACACGCCAACAACAACAAUAACCACAAUACAACAACUGCAAGCCACGAGGUUCAACUGAUAACUCGAAUUUCGCUGCAUUUAACAGAUCAAUCAAAUUUAAAAUCAAGAACCUAGUUUUUAAAGCUGAAGGAGAUCAAAUCCAGGGUUCAAACUAUCGCUACCAUGUCCCGCCCCCGCUGCUGACUAUCGAUAGGCGGCACCCGAUAGGCGCGCAUCCAUCGCCAACAGUAUUCCCCGAACAACUUUACAUAACUACGAGCAGUCACAUAGCCCGACUCGACUGAUACGACUGAUAUGGCCGUGUUCCUGACCAACGUCUGCAAAUACAAUGGCUGCGGCAUCACAUUUCCAAGCUUGAGCGAUCUAAUAUCACACAUCGAGGACACCCACAUAGACUAUGAUCCUAAGGUGGUGGAACAAAAGGAGCAGGCCCAGCCUGCCUGCCUGCCCCUGAGCUACAUACUGCGCUUCUAUACGGAGGAGAACCGCAAGGAGGCUGGAUUCCUGGCCACUCACAACACCGCCCCGCCGACCAACAACAGCGGCUCCAACAGCUCCUCGAACGGUCAUGGAACUGGCAACGUGGAGCUCAAGCGGAAGCUGGCCAUCAAGCACCACAGCUACAGCAUGUCCUCGUCCAACCGCAGCACCACCCCCACAGGCAGCGAAAUGGAUGAAGAUGAAAUGGUAGUCACUGAGUCGGAGGAUAGCAAUGACUCUUGGACCACCGAGGAGUUCAGCUCCGAGUUCAUCAUGCGCUACGGCAGCAGGCAUUCCGGUGGCGGAAGCAAUGGCACGCCUGGCAAUGAGAAACCCUUCGCCUGCCCGGUUCCAGGAUGCAAGAAGCGUUACAAGAACGUCAAUGGCAUCAAGUACCAUUCGAAGAAUGGUCACAAGAAGGACGGAAGAGUUCGCAAGGGCUACAAGUGCCACUGUGGCAAGAGCUACAAGACGGCACAGGGCUUGAAGAAUCACGCCCUGCACACCCACAACUCGCAGCCGGAUAGCGUGCUGAGUGCCCAACUAAUGGUGGCCGAUGGCGCUGCUCUUUCGGCAUCUGCUGUUGGCAGCAGCAACAGCUCGCACAGCAACAGCUCCAAUCCCCCGCCGCCAGUCAUCCAGCGCAGUAAUUCGCCGUCACAGUCGAUUGGCUCGCUAAGUCCGUCGAGCAUCAGCAAUAUGUCCAGCAGUACCAGCAGUUGCCACGGCGGCAGCAGCAGUCUCUCCAAUGGCAACACCUGCAACACUGCAGCUGUAACCAGCAACGGCAGUGUACUGCAACAGCUUAAUGCCGGUAAUGUGGUUACACUGACCAAUGUCUCCAACCAUCAGCAGCAGCAGCAGCAACAGCAACAGCAGCAGAUCCUGCAGCAGAACGGCGGCAACAGUGCAACAGGUAACAGCAACAACAACAAUUUAAUGCGCAGCACACUCGGUUUAGUAUCCAUUAAAACCAACAACCAACCGGCUGCCAAAUCGGUAAGCAAUCUUAUGGCUGCCAAUGCAACGGCCAGCAAGAUUCUCAAGCUGGCCACCAAUGUGGCCAACGGCGGCUCCGCCGUCGACAUCGUACAGCACCAGCAGCUCAAUGGCAAUAAGGUCACCACGGUCACCACUAAUGGCAACAAACCGCUGCCGAAUUUGGUCAACCUGGGCAUACUCACACCUGCCACCUCACCCACCAAAAACACCCAAACGCUGACCUUCACCACCACCACCAAUGGCGGCAAUGGUAAUGCCAACCAACAGGCGCUAGUGGCAUCGCUGGCCAAGAAGACCAACAUACUUCUGCUGCAAGAGCCGGCCACUCCCACCCAGCUGCAACAGUUGCAGCAGCAGCAGCAGCAGCAGCAACCGCAAGUGCCACAGCAACAGCCGGUGCAAGUGCAAGUUCAACCUCAACAACACCAUGUACUGCCCAUUAGUCCCACGAGCAGUAUCAGCGGUAACAGCAGCAAGAGCAGCUCACCCACUCCCCAGCAGCAGCCGCAGCUGACCAAGAAGGGUAAAUUGGAAUUGGUCGAGCCGAUGGACACCGAUGAGGGCCAGAGCGAUGCCAUUUCGGAGAGCGUGGCGGCGGCGAUAGCCAGCAUCACGGAGAACAAGGAGGAGGUCGGAGGAGCAGCGGCGGCCGUUGAAGUUGUGGGCGCUGGCGCCGUCAAUGAUGAGACGUAGCCUAUACUCAAGCAGCUACUGAUGCACCGCAAACUGACGCUGGAACCGCAACCGGCACCGGCACCGGCACCCAAGCCGCCGCAUUGACGAGCUCCCGUAUACGUCUAGGAUUUAGGAAACUUUUAAGGGGGGCGCCAAGUCAGACUCUCAUUCACUCACCAAAAUAUCCAAAUGGAUAUCCACAUUUCGUAGACUGCUUAUUUGCUUAGAGACCAGGAACAUAAGUUGUGUUUUUAGUUUAAAACUCCCAUUAACUAAUCGAUUCGAUAUCCCAAUGUAUCAUAUAUCAUAUAUAUAUCUAUUUUCCAAUGAAAUCCACACAAAUCGCAUUGAUUGUGCAAUAUUUUGUAUUAUUUAAAAAUGAGAGAAUUAAUUAGAAUCACUAUUAUUUGUAUGUAUGACUAUCAUGCUUGUAUUAUUAAACUAUUUACAACGUCUGAUCUCCUCUUAAUUUAAUUAGAACAUAAUAACUAAAAACAAAAAUGUAUAAUUUUAAUGAAUAAUUUCAAAUUUUCAAAUUCCAUCAGGCCACUACUCAUGUUAGAACCGCUACCAACUAAAAUUUGAUUUAAUCUCAGAUUAGUGUACUAUUCGUAUUCGACUAAAAACAAAACAAAAAAAAGAAAGUAUUAUUUAUGUUCUAAGCAUUAGCAAAUUGAAUUUAAUUAUAUACGAUAUACAUAAACACAUAAACCCACACAUUUACACGAAUAUGUUUAAGUUGCGACUGGGUCUGCUCAUAAUUUUAAGACGUCUCUCGAUUUAGUGCAAUAUGUAAUAUUUUAUUCUUCUCCUACUAUUUUAUAUUUUAUUCUAUUAUAUAUCUCUCUGUCAUAAGCUUUGUCGGGAUUAGUUUUAUGGGUUUCCCAUUUACGUUUUCGUUUUCGUUUCCGUUUCCGUUUGUUUUGUUUUGAUUUUAUUUUAUGUUUUUCGUUACUUCUUUUCCUUUUCUCUCUACCUAUUGCAGAAACCUCUUACUCCUGCUCAAACAACCACAGCAAUCCAAACAGCAACCACAGCAGCAGCGACUCCAGCAGCAAACCGCCGCCAUCAGUCGGUGGUGCCGCCAAGAGGUCCAUGUCCAUAGCAAUUGCGUCUACGAAACCACCACUCACUACCGGGAGCGGCGGAGGCGGAGGCUCCUCCCAUCAUGGCACCACGCCGAUGCAAAUCUCGCCCACAUUCAUUGAGCACAAAUAUUCGGCACUGGCCAUCAAAGAGAAGUUCUUCUCCAAUCUGCGAGCAUCCAAAUCGAUGUCGUUGUCCACUGGAGGCGAUGGUCCGACCAUUCAGCCGGAUGUUGGCGGUGGCGGAGGCGGUGGCUUGCGGACCGUUGCUGUGGGCCAAAUGUGCGCAAUGCAGAACGAGCACAUACACCAAAAUCUCUUCAAGAAAACGAUCAAUUGACCAUCUGAGAUCUGAGACGCAUAGAUCUGAAGCGCUGAGCGCCACUGAAAGCGACCGAGGAGCUGGCUGUGAUGAAGUUGUAACUAACUAACUGACUAAUGAACCGGACAAGAGGCGGAGCAAGAGGAUUCGUCAAUAAGGGAGAAUGGGAAAAGGAUUCAGUAGAAGAGAGAGGAGGGAGUAGAUGGAGAUGGAUAUGGAGAUGGAGAGGAAGGAAGGGUCUCAAGCAGGCGCCGCCUUUAAAUCGUUAGAGAAGUUUUCCAGAAGAAGCAAGAAUUUCCAUUGGCUUCCAAAAUAUGAAUGCAAACAAAAAAUUAACAUAUUCCAUGCAUUUUGCAAAUAUUAUAUAUCAUCUACCACCACAUCCUAAAACUUAAAACCUAAAACCCAAAACAAAUCUCAGCAAUAUUUAAAAGGAAAUUCUUGAACCCUAAAUUUAAAUCAUGUAUAUAAAAACAAACAACAGAAAAGCUAUGAAAACGUUCUCUAAAAAAUCGGCUUUAGACAAUUCUUAAACUCUUAAAACAAAAAAGAAAAAAAAAUACACACUAAAUACAUAAACAAAAAUUGCGAAAAAAAAAAAACAGAAAAAAAAAUUAAACAACAAAUUUAGUAAAUAUAUUUGAAGGUAUGUCUUCAACUAGUCAUUAUUGUAGUUAAAUUAAAUUUUUGAUUUCAUAAUUGCAUAAAACAAAAAAAAAACAAGAAGAAUUCAAGGCGACUGGAAGGUGGAAUGCCCUGAACGCAUCUAUUUAUAACUUUACGAAAAUUUCCUCUGUACAAUUUCAAUAGAAUAAGGUUAUUGGGAUUCCCCCAACCAGUUGGUUUAAAUUUAAUAUCAUUAAUUGGCAAAAGAAACACAAAUCUUAGAAAAAUUAAAGGUCCCGAACUUGCCAACAAAGACAAUUUCGUGUGAGCCAAUUAAAAUGAUCUGAUCCAUUUUAAGAUCUUGGGAUGUGCAGAAAUUAAUAAUUUGAAUGUCGAAAAUUUGAAAAAAAAAAACACAAACAAAAAACAAAACCAGAAACUAGUUAGAUAAAAAUUUUAAGGGGAAGCCCACGAACCGUCGAAGCUGAAACUGAAGCUGCGAACCGGCUUAGGAGCCGCAAUAACUCUACAGUAGUUAUAGUAUUAUAAUUAUAAAUUAUAUUAUUUAUACACAAGAGCAUACGUCUGUAGUUGUGUGAGUGUGUCCGUGCAUGUAUUGUAAUUGUAUAGUUUUAGUGUUCAAACGUCCCUAAAUGUAAAGUCUCCCUAAAAACAAAAAAUUAAAAAAAAAAAAACAAAAAAACAAACAUACAACAAAAUAUACGAUAUGAUUACAAAACACAAAAAAAUAUCCUUGUGCAUACUCUUAAUGAUUGUAUUUCAUUGCAUGCCUCAAAAUUCAAUCGAACUUCCUAUCCUAUCAGAAUCGGGUUCCUUAAGCAUUCAAAAAGAACAAAAAUGAAAUUUAAUAUACAUAGAUAUAUAUACGCAUAUAUAUUUAGAUCAUCAUAAAUAUUUACAAGUAUACAUUUACGUAGUCAGGCGCGCCAAAAACCAAAAAAAACAUAAAUAAACUUCAGACCGCAUUUCGCAGACGCCCAGCGUCUUAAAAAAAUAUUCGCACCUUAUCUAAAUAGUUCUGCGUUCAUAACCACUGCUAUAUAGCUAUAGCCUACCAGCCCAUACUUACAUUUUAAUACAAAUAUAUUGAGGUAAAAAACAAAAACACGCUUAGCGAUCCGUACGAUCGGAUCGCACUAGUUUAGCCAAAACAACUUUUAUAAAUGUAUGUAGAGAGCAAGGAUCUGUCUUUGGGGGAGUGUUUUUUGGUUCUAUAUAGAGUAUAUUGAUACUUGGUUCUAUCGAUCUAUAUCUAUAUAGAGAAACAUCUGCCAGAGCACUCGAACAAUAUGAUAAUGAACUCAAAUCCCUCUAAUGAAAACAAUAAAAUGAGUAUGUCAUCUUAUAUAAGACUGCUGUUAUGUUCGUAAAUAUAUUAAAAAUAUAUGUAUGCAAAACAGAAACCACAAAAAAAAAUAAAUAAAACUACUCUUGAAUAAAAAUUUAUAAAAAAAAAAAAAUAUAAAUAAAAUAAAUUAGUUAAUACUCUAUCUACCUACUAUGUACUAUAUAAUGUAUUGUAAUUGUAAUUUACUAAAAUCGUAACUAUACGUAGAGAAUUAACUAAAGUCAACACAUAAACCAUCGACAUUAACAUAAAAAAAUUAACUAAUACUAUACCUGUGCCCGAAUCUAACCCAGGAACGACUCUUGCAGAAGCUUCUUUAAAGAGAAUAGGGCGGAAUUUUAACACAUCAGACGACUCAACUCAAGCCACAAAAUGAAGCAUCAAUCACAAGAAACAAAAAUGUAGUAAAAUAUUCUCUUUUUGCUUUAUGUGAUCUAUUACAUACUACAUAAACAUAUGUAUAAUAAAAUGUCCUUCGAAAACAAA